AUGGCACGAACUCGAGGCUUAAAGUUUGAGGAAACAUUGGAAAUUAUCAGUCCUCGCGGUGUUGUCGUGGAUACCACCAUUGUAUUGAUGUUUCAUCCGAUAUUCAUGACUCAAGUGGACAAAGCCUAUCAUAUACAGUGCAACUACUUGGAAACUAAUGAAGAGGUCACGCAAGCACUUGAUGUAAGGUAAGC